CUAGCCCGCCUUCGUGUUUAGGCACGCCCUCUAUGUUUCAGGGAACACCGCUUCAUACAUACACUGUUGUUAGCGACGUAGCCACUACGGCCAAUUUCAUUUUUUUUUUCCAUUUGCGACCACUUCCCUGAGCUUCACUUUUCUGUCACGGCCAGGUGAACACACGAGGAGCGGUUUACCGGUCCGGGGUGUCAGAUAGUUGCUGGCGGCAGUCCCUGCGAGCUCCUUUUAGUAUGCGUAUACAAUGAAGAGGCGUGUGGAGGACCAGGAACUAAUAUUUGCGCCCCAGCAACAGCAAUCACGUCGCCCCCCAGUGCAAGGUAUUGCAGACAGCUUCCAGCACCGGGCUCUCGCCCCAGCACCUACUGUGAUAGAGGCAGCUGCAGACAACAUGCAGCCAUCCACUGGCAUCCAGUAUUCUCUCCCUCAAGGCUACCAGGUGCCUACGAUGCCUCAGAGCACAAGUGGACAUGGACACGGACAUAACAACACAGCAGCUCAUGUUGGUCCCCACGCACACAGCCUAGCAGUUCAGUCCCAGGGCCCAGCAGUGGUCCAAGGUCAUGUUCAUCCACCCGCACCCAUGACUUCAGCCCAAGGACAGCAGCAGUUUCAGCGACUGAAGGUUGAGGAUGCCUUGUCUUAUCUGGAUCAAGUAAAGCUGCAGUUUGGGAAUCAGCCACAAGUUUAUAAUGAUUUCCUUGAUAUUAUGAAAGAGUUCAAGUCACAGAGCAUAGACACCCCCGGAGUCAUCAAUCGCGUGUCCCAGCUCUUCAAGGGCCAUCCAGACCUCAUCAUGGGGUUUAACACUUUCUUGCCACCCGGAUAUAAGAUUGAGGUUCAAACCAACGAUCUAGUCAAUGUGACCACGCCAGGUCAGAUCCACUACAUCACUCCGCACGGCAUUUCUGUUCAGAACAUCCCUGUAAGCGGAGCGUCCAGCCAACCUGCGAGCCACCCCCAGCACCAGACUCUGCCACAGGCUGGCCCGCACACUACCACCACUUCCGCCACCACGACAACCACCCCAUCCAUCCUCGCCCAACCUGCUCCAAACAAAACCAGCAAGCCAAUUCAGUCUCCAGCCCAUACACCUACCAGCCAGCCCAAUCCAUCCAUCCCAUCCUACGCCUCACCACGCUCACCUUCAGUCCAGUCCCACACUCCUGUGAGCAGCACGCCGUCCGGUGGGCCACCUCUCCAGAACAACCAGCCUGUGGAAUUCAACCACGCUAUAAAUUAUGUGAACAAGAUCAAGAACCGCUUCCAGGGACAGCCGGACAUCUACAAAGCUUUCCUGGAAAUCCUGCACACAUACCAGAAGGAGCAACGAAAUGCUAAAGAGGCAGGAGGCAACUACACCCCAGCACUGACUGAGCAGGAGGUCUAUACUCAGGUGGCAAGACUCUUCAAGAACCAGGAGGACCUGCUUUCAGAGUUUGGUCAGUUCCUGCCUGAUGCAAACAGCUCAAUGCUUCUGGGCAAGGUUACACCAGACCGGGCAGAGUCGGUUCGUAAUGAUCAUGGUGGCACAGUAAAGAGACCCUUACUGAACAACAAACAGAGGCUGAGCCAGAACGGCCUGCCAAUCAGGAGACCCACUGGAGUGGGAGCCACACCACCUGUCAAGAAAAAACCCAAAAUAAUGGGUAAAGACCAUGGCAUGACUGAAGUCGGCAAACACAGCACCAGCACUGAAACUAUGUUCUUUGAGAAGGUGAAGAAAGCUCUUCGGAGCUCUGAGGCGUACGAAAACUUCCUGCGGUGUCUUCACAUUUUUAACCAGGAGGUAAUCUCGCGUGCUGAGCUGGUGCAGUUAGUCAUCCCAUUUCUUGGCAAAUUCCCGGAGCUUUUCACGUGGUUUAAAAACUUCCUGGGCUACCGAGAGUCCAGUCACGGAGAGUCGAGCCACACAGAGAGUUUACCCAAGGAGCGUGCAACAGAGGGCAUCGCCAUGGAAAUCGACUACGCUUCCUGCAAGAGGCUGGGGUCCAGCUAUAGAGCACUACCAAAGAGCUACCAGCAGCCCAAGUGCACAGGAAGGACGCCACUGUGCAGAGAGGUUCUGAAUGACACGUGGGUGUCGUUUCCAUCGUGGUCUGAGGAUUCUACAUUUGUGAGCUCGAAGAAGACUCAAUAUGAGGAGCACAUUUACAGAUGUGAGGACGAGCGCUUCGAGCUGGACGUUGUGUUGGAAGCCAAUCUCGCCACGAUACGAGCCCUGGAGACAGUCCAGCGGAGGCUUUCUCGCAUGUCCGCCGAGGAGCAGCUGCGCUUCAAGCUGGACAACACAAUGGGCGGCUCCUCGGAGGUCAUUCACCGCAAAGCUAUCCAGAGGAUAUACGGGGACAAGGGCCACGACAUCAUCGACGGUCUCAAGAGGAACCCAGCUGUGUCUGUUCCCAUCGUGCUGAAGAGGUUAAAAAUGAAGGAUGAGGAGUGGAGAGAAGCCCAGAGAGGCUUCAACAAAAUCUGGCGGGAGCAGAAUGAGAAGUAUUACCUGAAAUCACUCGACCAUCAAGGCAUCAACUUCAAGCAGAAUGACACCAAAGUGCUGCGCUCAAAGACCUUACUCAAUGAAAUUGAGAUGUUGUAUGAUGACCGCCAGGAGCGAGCAUCAGAGGAAACUGCCACACCGCCACCAAGCGGCCCACACAUGACCCAUACCUACGACGACAGCCAAAUCCUAGAGGACGCCGCUGCCCUCAUCAUCCAUCACGUCAAACGACAGGUGGGCAUCCAAAAAGAAGACAAGUACAAGAUCAAGCAGAUCAUCCACCACUUCAUCCCUGACCUGCUGUUCGCGCGGCGAGGCGAGCUCUCUGACGUGGAGGAGGAGGAAGAAGAGGAGGAGGAAGACAUGGAGAUGGACCAAGACGGCCCCAAGAAGCACAAUGGCCUGCCAGGCAGCAGCCCAUCCAAGUCCAAGCUCCUCUUCAGCAACACGGCAGCUCAGAAGCUGCGAGGCACGGAUGACGCCUAUAACCUGUUCUUUGUGAACAACUACUGGUAUAUCUUCCUUCGUCUUCACCACAUCCUCUGUUCUCGUUUGCUGAGAAUCUACGGGCAAGCUGAGAAGCAGAUUGAAGAGGAGACUCGUGAGCGAGAGUGGGAACGAGAAGUGUUGGGGCUCAAGAGAGAGAAAAGUGAAAAUCCAGCCAUCCAACUGAAGAUGAAGGAGCCGAUGGACGUGGACGUGGAGGACUAUUACUCUGUGUUUCUGGAGAUGGUGCGUAAUCUUUUGGAUGGAAACAUGGAGCCGGCUCAGUACGAAGACUCCCUGAGGGAAAUGUUUACUAUCCAUGCCUACAUUGCCUUCACCAUGGACAAACUCAUCCAGAGCAUCGUCCGGCAGCUCCAGCACCUUGUCACUGAUGAUGUUUGCGCGCGUGUAACCGACAUGUACCUGAGCGAAUGUGCCAACAAAGCCACAGGAGGCACGUUGUCCACGCAGACUUCCAGGGCCACAGCAGAGGGCGCCUAUCAGCGCAAAGCAGAGCAGCUCAUGUCAGACGAGAACUGCUUCAAGUUAAUGUUCACGAAGAGCCGAGGAUCUGUCAGUCUGGCUAUGGAGCUGCUGGACACAGAGGAGGAGAACUCUGAUGAGCCAGCAGAGGCAGAGAGGUGGUCAGACUACGUGGGCAGAUACCUGAACUCAGAUUCUGCGUCCCCAGAGCUGCGUGAUCAUCUUGCCCAGAAGCCGGUGUUCCUCCCCAGGAAUUUAAGACGGAUAAGGAAGUGCCAGAGAGGCUGGGAGCAGCUGCAGCAGGAGAGAAUGACCAAGGUUCCCUCGGACAAGUCUCAGGACGGCAGCAGCGAGCUGAAGAUGGAGUGCAUGUUCAAGCUCAACUCCUACAAGAUGGUGUAUGUGUGCAAGUCAGAAGACUAUAUGUACAGACACACGGCACUCACGCGGGCUCAUCGGUCCCACCAGCGGGUCAACACGCGCCUGCACAGACGCUUUCAGGCCUGGCUCGACACCUGGGCCAAAGAACACGUGACCAGCGACAUGGCCGCCAAAAACCACAAGUGGUUGAUGGGAGACGAACGAGAAGGCCUGUUGUCCUGCACCACCACCUGCAGCCCCGAGGUCCUCCAUUAUCUCAACAUUAACAAGUACCGGGUGAAGUACAGAACACUGUAGUCUUUCUCUUUACCGACAGAUAAACUGUGGCUGUCUUCACGCGACAAACUGCCAGUGAUGACUUCAUGUUAUACAGUAGCUUCAUGUGGAUUCUUUCCAAACUGCUGUUACUGGAUUCAGUUGCCAAAAUCUUUUUAUUUUGAGGAUUGUCGAUCCACGAUUUGAACAGAAUUGACAUUUUUCCACUUGUUACAAAUGUGUCCUAACUUUCAAGCUCUUACUGCAGAUGAAAUGUGAAAUAGAACUAUAUAUAUAUAUACUAUAACAGGGGUAUAACAGACCUCACUGACCCCGUUAUUAUAUUAAAUACAGAUUAAUAUACAAAGAAAACACUCCUUACUGCAUUUCACAUCAAAACUCAGCAACUCAAUGAAAUAAGUGUUGUUUUUGAGGAGCGUCUCAUCAUUUUACAGGAAAUACGAACAACCUCACCUCAGAACACCGUGUGG